GUUCUCCAUCUAUUUAAAGGCAAGGGAGUGGCUCUAGGAGCUACUCGCCUGGGACCCUUGCACCUCGGCAGAGAGGAGCAUUACCCUGCAGAGCGGCACCAUGUCUUGUGGACCAGUGUGCACCAACUUGGGUCUCAAGCCUGGCCAGCGCCUCACUGUCAAGGGGAAAAUUGCACCAAAUGCCAAGAGCUUUGUGAUGAAUCUGGGCAAGGAUGCUACCCUCCUUGGACUUCACUUCAAUCCCCGUUUUGAUGCUCACGGCGAUGUGAACACUAUCGUGUGCAACUCAAAGAAGGUGGAAGAGUGGGGUGCAGAGCACAGGGAGACUGUCUUUCCUUUCCAGAAAGGGGGCACAGCAGAGAUCACUUUUGGUGUCAACCAAAAUGAUGUGACAGUCCACCUGCCAGGCCACCAGUUCACGUUCCCUAACCGGCUUAAUCUCUCUGUCUUUGACUACUUUGAUACACAAGGGGACUUCACACUCCAGUCCCUCAGCUGGGAAUAACUUCCUCUGACACCUCCAUCUCAAAGAUACAGAAAAAGCAAUCAAUAAAUAAAUUUUGGUGUA